CUGACCCUGUACGUGAUGGGUACCACAUCUGUGGGUUGCACUGGUACAAGGACAUGCAAGGAAGCUGAUAAAAAUGUCUUUACCUAUAAUGAUGUAAGAUUAUUCAUGAUUCACAUCACUGCUCCCUACAGAUUGCUCCUCUUCUAUCGUUCAUACUAAAACAGACAGGUCGUCCUCGGCGGGGGGGCACCUGCUGUCCCGCUCUGCGCUGCAGUGACUGUGAAGGCGGAUGAGAGCACACGAUUAGUGCACAGCUGGGAAGAAAGGCAGACCUGUUAACACCUGAGCGGACUUUAACAUUACAGCAUCGCACGCGCGGGAGCCGCAAGACGCGCGUUACGUUCCAUCCCGGGAGAUCAAGAUAUGAUACUACGUCAGCCGGGCGGCGGCAGGACAAGGUGUGGGACCACUGGCACAUUUUUGUCGGCAUUUCUCGUCUCCGCUUGUCAAGCCCUCCGGAGCUGCGGGGAGGUAGAGUGCGGCGAUGGCCAGCAGUGCUGUCCACCCAUCGUCACCGGGAACGGCAGUGCCAGCUCCACGGUGCGCUGCUGCAAGCUCCCCAUCAACGUAUUCUUCGAUAACGUAGGCUGGUUUACGCGGAAGCUGUCGGGCAUCCUGAUCCUGUUACUGCUCUUUGCCAUGGGCUACUUCAUCCAGCGGAUCAUCUGCCCUCGGCCCCGCCGGCACCCGCACAAUGACCGCAGCGAGGAGCCCUCCCUCUUUCACGGGCGCGCAUCGGCGUCCCAGGACUCCCUGCUGGACCGGUACCCCGAGUGCAGCCUCGGGGACUUCGCCUCUCCGAACCUGCCAGCCUACGACGAGGUCAAAUAUUUGCCCACGUAUGAGGAAAGCAUGCAGGAAAUGCACAGAGACCGGUCCGAUGAUAACUUGCUAUCGGAAAACGAGAGGGGCGGUCAAGGCAGGGCGAGAGCGGCGGGACCGAGAGUUGGAGACCAGAGACGGGAUGUCCUGGAGGUGUCAGGACCGCAACUCAGCCCAAGGACAUCUCGGAACUCCGUCUGACGGAGAACAGAGAUGGGGCAAAGCUAGAGACAAAGCUGGAGACAAUUUAGCAUUCUUAUUUUUAAUAUAAUCAGGGUAAUUAUCUUGCAUAGGUAUCAACUCAAGUGCAAUUAUAAUCCUGAAUGUUAAUAAUAAAGGAGGAAGCUGAGAAAA